GAUUAAUUUGCAAAAUUCAGAUCACAAUGAUGAUGUUAUACAACCUAAUUUGGUCAGUUCUUCACAAGACCUCGAUGGUGAUGUUUUGUUAAACAAAUAUUCUUUACCUAAUUUGGCCAGUUCUUUACAAGAACUUGAUGACAAUAUUUCAUUAGAUGAGGAUUCUUUAUCAAAUUCAGUCAAUUCUUUACAAGACCUCGAUGAUGAUAUUUUGUCAGACGAAGAUAGCUUCACUAGUGAUAGAAUAAUUUUUGCUACAAAACCAAAUAAUGUUAGAAAAAAGCGAAGAAAAUACAAUCAGUUUUGUAUGACUAGCAACUAUACCAUUAUCAUUCCAGAUAAAGAAUAUGAACAACAAGUUGAUUCCUCUAGUAAUGACAAAGAAUUUUGGUCAGUUAAUGAGGAAUCUUCUUUGGAUGAACUAUUGUUAAAUGAUAACAAAUCGUUUGCGAUACCUGAAUAUGUAGAAGAAUUAGAUACAGAAAAUACAUCCACAAACAUAAAUAUGAAUGAUUUUUGGAUUCUUUUAUGGAUCUUUAAAUAUCAAGAAAAAUUCAGGCUUCCAGAUAUUGCAGUCGAUUCAUUAAUCAAAUUCUUCAGGGUAGUACUGUCUGAUACUAAUAAAAAAUGA